AUGGAUUCACUCAACGAGGGCCCCUGGGAGGAGGCUCCUUUUACUGCCUCCCGCUCACCCUCUUCCCCCUGCCCCCUCCGCCCUCCUCACCCUCUUCCCCCUGCCCCCUCCGCCCUCCCUCACCCUCUUCCCCCUGCCCCCGCCGCUCCCCCUCACCCUCUUCCCCCUGCCCCCCCGCCCCCCUCACCCUCUUCCCCGUGCCCCCUCCGCCCCCCCUCACCCUCUUCCCCCUGCCCCCUCCGCCCUCCCUCACCCUCUUCCCCCUGCCCCCUCCCCCUCCCUCACCCUCUUCCCCCUGCCCCCUCCGCCCUCCCUCACCCUCUUCCCCCUGCCCCCUCCGCCCUCCCUCACCCUCUUCCCCCUGCCCCCUCCGCCUUCCGGAACGGCUCCCGGGACGGCUCCUUCCUCUGUCUAUCUCUCACCCUGCGCCACGCCACCUGCCACCUCCGCCCUCCCUCACCCUCUUCCCACUUUCCCCCCCUCCCUCCCUCCCUCCGUCCGCCCCACCAGCCAUGCAGAGACUUGCUAGUGGCCAUAACGUGGUGCAUCACUGGUAACCGCAUGGAUUCUCUCAACGAGGGCCCGCGGGACGGCUCCUUCCAGUGCCUCUCUCUCACCCCGUUCCCCCUGCCUGCCCUCUCCUCCCUCGUGUGUCAUGUAACCCACCAGCCAUGCAAAGACCUGCUAGUGGUCAUAACGUGGCUCAUCACUGGUAACCGCAUGGAUUCACUCAACGAGGGCCCCCGGGACGGCUCCUUUCAGUGCCUCUCGCUCACCCUGCGCCACGUGCGCACGCUGCUCGCCCUGCCCUCCUCUGCUGACCGCGUUUACGACCUUCUCAUGAACAUUGAGAUGGCAAAUGAGGAAAUGGAUGUGGUGGAGGAGGAGGAGGAGGAUGAGGAGGAGGAGCGUGUGGGUAAGAAUAAGAGAGUGGAGGGGUAUGAUGAUGUGGAGGUGGCAGCAGGGGCGGUGGUGGGGAGGGUGCAGCAGUUUAUGGUUCAGCGCAUGCUGGGAGCGCCGUCGUUCAGCAAGCAACUGUCGGCUGCAAGGGAGAUCAACCGCAUGCUGGAGAGCGCGGCAGCACUGGAGACGAGGGACAAGGGAGCAGCCCUGGCGUCAACAAUCGACUGGCUGGAAGCGGAGGACAUUCUGCCUCUUGUCCUGCGCUCCAACCUGCACCACAAGCAAUAUGUGGACCAGGUAGUAAAGAUUAUGCGCGCGCUGCUCAACCAGCGGCGGCUGCUGGAGAAGCACUUGGACGCCGUGUGGGCCGCCACUGAGAAGCCCGACCAGUUUGAAGCAGUGAAGAACAACAUAUUCGACCUGCUGGCGGAGCUGGCCUGGUCCUUCUCAGACGAGCAGCUCGACUCGCUCUUUUCCCGCCUGCAGCACAUCCAGGGUCGCUCAGCGGCAGACAUUGCCAAGCUGAUGCAGCUGGUGAAGAAGCUUGCACGGUCCGACACCCGUGGAGUCAUGGCCUCCAGCCCCAUUCCACCCAACAGCAGCAGCCCCCUACCAGUCCCAGAUGCCAGCGCCCUGGCUAGCAGUGACGGCAGUCCCAUGCAUGGUGUGGUGGUAGCAGAGGAGGCAAUGAAGCAGGAGCGCAGCAGUGGGGAUACAGCGGACGAGGAGAGAUCGUCCCCCACUAUGGACUGUGACGAGCCGCAAGGGCAGCAGCAGGAGGAGCUGAAGCACGGGCAGGAGGGGCGGCAUCAGCAGCAGCAGCAGCAGCAGCAGCUGCAGCGGCAGUUGGAGCAGUGCACGUUGGUGGAUGGCAGGCACUCCCACCGCGACAACAUCACUGCCCGCCUCUCGUUUCUCCUCUGGGCACUCCAGGCAGGCGGCAUGGAGCUACAGCCAGAGGGGCUGCGGGUGAUAUGGACGGAGCUAGUGGAGCACCCAGCGUGCCCUGAGGACCGCCAGCUGGCGCUGACUUCGACGGGACAGGUGGCGCUCUUGGAUUGGUUGACACAGCUCCCUCCAGAGCAGUUCUCGCCAGUUGCUUGGAGGCUGUUCCACCGCAUAUUCAUCAGUGUAAACACAGCGUCAGGCGUGCUCGCACUCACCUCAGCACCACCCGGAGCAACACCAGCACCAGCGCUGCCAGUGGGGCCAGCAGCAGCAAAGGCAGUGGCAGAGGCAGCAGCAGCAGCAGCAGCAGCGGUAGUGGCAGGGGCGGCGGCAGAAGAAGCAGCAGCAGCAGCAGCAGCAGCAGCAGCAGCCGCAGCAGCAGCCGCAGGGGUAGUGGCAGGGGCAGCAGGGGAGGGAGCGCAGGUGGCAGUGGCGGGGAAUGUGGGGCAGUUGAAGGGAGUGGAGCUCGUGUGGUCGCUGGCUCUGCGCUGCCCCUCCCCUGCCAUCUGGCAGCCCUGCAUUCAGCUGCUCAGGGACUUACAUUCCUUGCUUGUUGCUCCAGAAAAGGCCAAGCUGGUGGCGGUGCGGCAGAGCUUCAUAAGCGAGUGCAUGCGGCGCCUUGCUGGUGCGAUGCGGCAGCUGGAGGGAGGGACAGGUGCGGGGCAUAAUGGGCAGACGUUGGGAAGGCAUAACGGGGAAGUCGAAGGGAGAGGUGCGGGAGGAGUGACGGUACCAACUGGGAGGGAUGCUCUGCCUAUGGAAACGAGUGCGGAGGAGAGCGAUGGUCGGGAGAGGACGGGUGAUGCGAGGGAUGGCGGUGGUGAUGUGGCAAUGGCCGGACAGGAGGACGAGGGUGGCUUGGAAGCAAGGGAGCAGGAGAGGGAGGGCGGGGGUGCAGGGAGUCGGGAGAUGAUUGGCGACGGCAGCAGAGGAGGCGAGGGUGGCAGGGGUGGCGAGGGUGACAGGGGUGGGAAGGGUGACAGGAGCAGGGAGGGUGGCAGGAGCUUGGAAGGGCAGGCGUCAGCAGAGGAGCAAGCACAGCGCUGCCUCUUGCUCUUGACACAAUUCCUCACGCGCUGUGAGGCCUCCUGCCCGCGCAAAGUGCCACCCCAUGGCGCUUCCUACCAGGGCAGGCCGUUACAUAUGGAGGUGACAGUAGCGCACAGCAAGCACGUGAACUUCUUUGUUCACACUCACACAAACGAGUACCUGCGCUUGCUGCGACUCAAGGUGGCCCGCAAGCUCGAGUGUGACGUGGCACGUGUGCGGCUGCUAUUGGACGGCCACGAGCUGCUCUCUGAUUGGCUCGUGCUCCGCCAGUGCGGGAUCGCAGACGCGCGGCUACUUAUUGCUUCCGUCAUGUUGAAUCCCCGGCCUGGCAGCAGGCAGCAAGGGGAGGGAGGGGAGACGGAGCUUCCGGGAGUGCUCAUGGCACAGCAGGGGGAGGCUUAUGACACUCUUUUCCAGCUGCUUCAGUCUGCCAACCAUCAAGUGCAGCAGGCAGCGGACGAGCUGCUCAUGCUGCUGCCGACACACCGCGCUAUUCUCGACGAUUUCAUGAGCAUCCAGUCAGCGUCAUCAGCAGCCGAGGCUGCGGCCAUUCUGGCUCGCCUCCUGCGGCCCUCACCACGCCUUGUGUACACGCUUCAGGUGCUGGACGGGCUAUUGCUGCCAGUCAACUGCCCGCCCUCUCCUGCCACCACUCGCUUCCGAGCGAGCUUUCUCCAGUCCAACGGGUUCAGUGCCAACGCUGCCGCAUGCAGCAUACUAUCCCAUCAGCAACCGAUCAUCUUCUUGUCCUACAAACCAACUCCCCCUUCCCGUUCUCCCCUCCCUUCCUGUUCUCCCCUCCCUUCCCGUUCUCCCUCCCCUUCCCGUUCUCCCCUCCCUUCCCGUUCUCCCUCCCCUUCCCGUUCUCCCCUCCCUUCCCGUUCUCCCUCCCCUUCCCGUUCUCCCUCCCCUUCCCGUUCUCCCCUCCCUUCCCGUUCUCCCUCACCUUCCCGUUCUCCCUCACCUUCCCGUUCUCCCUCACCUUCCCGUUCUCCCUCACCUUCCCGUUCUCCCUCACCUUCCCGUUCUCCCUCACCUUCCCGUUCUCCCUCACCUUCCCGUUCUCCCCUCCCCUUCCCGUUCUCCCUCCCCUUCCUCCCCCUUGCUCCCCUUGUUCUUCCUCAGCGCCCUCAUCUUUCCGCGGCUCAGAUCUACUCCUCCGCGGUCUCAAUCCUCCCUCCCGCGGCCACAAUCCUCCCUCCCGCGGCCUUAAUCCUCCCUCUCGCGGCCUCCGACCGCUCUCCCGCGGCCUCAAUCCUCCCUCCCGCCGCCACCCCUCCCUCACGCCUUCCGUCGCGGACGGCCAGCACACCGUCGCAUCCGCGCCAGCAAGCCGUCGCGGACGGCCAGAAAGCCGUCGCGGACGGCCAGAAAGCCGUCGCGGACGGCCAGCAAGCCGUCGCGGACGGCCAGCAAGCCGUCGCGGACGGCCAGCCAACCGUCGCGGACGGCCAGCGUGCAGCCACGAGCACCCCGCGCGUCGACGCGGACGGCCAGCGCGGAGUCGCGGUUGACCUGUGCGCCAUCCCGAACGGCCGCCGCGCGAUCGCCGACGACCUCCGCGCCGACGCGGACGACCGACGCGGAGCCGCGGCCGACCCUCGCGCUGACGCGGACGGCCGACGCAGAGCCGCGGCCGACCCUCGCGCUGACGCGGACGGCCGACGCAGAGCCGCGGCCGACCCUCGCGCUCUCACGGGCGGCCGACGCGCCGCCGCGACUGACCUGCGCGACCUCCCCCCUUUCAUCCGCGCCCUGCCCCACACUUCCGCGCCAUCCUCCCUCUCCCCUACCUCCUCCCCCCCCCUACUUCACCCUUAA